AAGAAGAAUAGAAAUGGCGAUGAAGGACACAUUCUACAUAUCACAUGGAUCACCUACUCUUUCCAUAGACGAAUCCAUUGAAGCGAGAAAGUUCCUUCAAUCAUGGAAGAAGGACGUGUUUUCUCAGAGACCCAAUUCAAUUCUCGUCAUUUCUGGUCAUUGGGACACAGCAGUUCCCACCGUUAACGUUGUUGAUACCAACGAAACAAUCUACGACUUCUAUGGAUUCCCCAAACCCAUGUACCAGCUUAAAUAUCCUGCACCUGGCGCUCCACAGUUGGCAAUGAGGGUGAAGCAACUACUCAAGGAAUCUGGUUUCAACCGUGUUGAUGAAGAUAAAAAGAGAGGGCUUGACCAUGGUGCUUGGGUUCCACUCUUAUUGAUGUACCCUGAAGCUGACAUCCCUGUUUGUCAGCUCUCUGUUCAAUCUGACAAAGAUGGUACUCAUCAUUAUAACUUAGGAAAGGCAUUGGCCCCUCUUAAAGAUGAAGGUGUGUUGAUAAUGGGCUCUGGCAGUGCUGUUCAUAACUUGAGAGCACUUAAAAUUCAGUCUCGUGACGCGGUUGCUCCCUGGGCUCUAGAAUUUGAUAAUUGGUUGAAAGAAGCUCUUCUUGAAGGAAGAUAUGAAGAUGUAAAUCACUAUGAAAAGAAAGCACCACAUGCAAAAAUGGCUCAUCCUUGGCCAGAUCACUUUUAUCCGCUGCAUGUUGCUAUUGGUGCUGCUGGUGAAAAUGCAAAGGCCAAACUUAUCCACAGUAGUAUUGAAAUGGGAAGUCUCUCUUAUGCCUCUUACCAGUUUACAUCAGCUACUUAAUACAUAAUAGCUGCUGUUCAGUUGCAUAUCCUCUAAAAAUAGUAAUUCAAUAAAUAUCUAUGAAGAUGCUCUGCUUGUAAAUUUAGACUUUCUUAUGUUGGGCUCCUAUUCUUGUUGUUGCCAAUUUAAUAUUUAUGUAAAGUGGAGUAAAUAAUGCGGAAAAACAUCUUGAUAGCACCGUUGUUGCCCGCAAGACCAAAUACUAUACAUUAUUAUUUUAUAAAUUGAU